AUGAACCGUGAAACUUUCCAAAACGUGGUGCAACCCAACAUGCCUUUGAGGAGGCCGUCAACCAGCCCAGCAGGUGCCGCUGCAACUCCAAGGGCCCCUGGCCCAACACCAGACCGGCCUCUAGCGAGCUCCAACGGGGAUGGCAACAUGUUGCCUGUGAUGUCUGUUGAAGACCUGCCAUACAACAGGCCUACAAGCCCUCAGUCCAGCUUCUCUCAGCCUAAUGCGGACAGUCUGCGCACUGAUGGAGGGAUUAAAACAGCCUCUAUGCCCCCAUUCACUGUUAAGUUGUGCAACUACUGCAGUCAGCAAGGUAACCUUCGCUGCACGCGCUGCAAGAAGACCUGCUACUGCUCAGUGGCUUGCCAGUCAGAGGACUGGAAUGCACACAGGCACAUGUGCAAGCCCAGUACCGCGGAUACUCCCACAAGUGAUAAGCCAAAGGAAACCCCAGCUUCACCGAUGGGACAUGGGCAGAACCCGUCAGACUCCAAGAAGGUUUCAUAUUACGCCCAGCCUUUGCGAGUGUACCUGCGGGACCUCCGUAAGAAUGACAUCACCAAAGGAAUGGAAAUUCAGGUGUCUGUGGUGGAGCUGCAUAGCCCUGGUAGGUUUUUCAUUCACGUCCAAAGCCCAGAGCUGGUUGAGGCUCUGAGAGCCAUUACUGUGGAACUGCAGAAGACCAACGGCGGGUCGCUAGGGACAGACUACAAGCCCGACACCGGAGAGGUCUGUGCCGUCAAAUACUCCUUGGAUCAGAACUGGUACAGAGGUGUUGUCCAGUCUGUAGCUGCAGAUGAUGGAAAUGCUAAAGUUCUCUACAUUGACUUUGGAAACGAAGAAGACGUGACACUGGAUCGGAUCAAGCCCCUCGCUGCCAGCAUUGAACCCAUUCCACCAUGUGCUUUGGAGUGCAGCGUCGCCGGGAUAACACCGGUGACUGACAGCUGGAUGGGGGUGUGUUGCAUGGCUGUGAGACAGCUGGUGGCUGGAAAGAGCCUGACACUCACUGUGGUGGACACACAGGAGAAUGACCGCACCUACGCAGUGGACAUCCUGCUGACUCCUAUCGGAAAACAGCUGAGCACCUUCCUCAUGGACCAAGGUUACGCUGUGAGGGAGGACGUCAAUAAGAAGCGCUCAGAACAGGACGUUGACUCCCUGGUGAGUGCGUCCUUGGAAAACUUCCGCCGCCAGUCGGUGGGUAAGAACGAGAACAUGGAGGCACAGCCACCUGACCCUCUGACCCAGGGACUGGGAGACACCUUCGCUGCCAUGGUGACGCACCUGCAGUCACCUUACGACAUCAUCUGUCAGAAACUGGACAACGCCAGUGUGAUCCAGGAGCUGCAUCUGAAACUGAGGGACCACUGCUCUCAGGCCCCAGCCAGCCAAAACUUCAGACCUGCCCCUGGCACAGUGUGCUGCUCCCUAUUCUAUGAGGACAACCAGUGGUACAGGGCCAAAGUGCUGGCCUACUCCUCUGAAGAGAAGGUGUGUGUAGGCUACAUUGACUUUGGCAACUCAGAGGAGGUGGAGCUGAGUCGCCUGUGUUCCAUCAGCUCUGAACUCCUAGCCCUGCCAAUGCAGGCCAUCCCUUGUACCCUGGCAGGAGUGCGUCCCACAGCAGAGGCCUGGUCAGAGGAGACUGUGCUGAUGCUCAGGCGGAUGGUGUGCAACCGAUUCCUGCGGGUAGAGAUCCUGGGCGAGCGGGAGGGUAUGGCACUGGUGGCCAUGAUCGACGAGGCCAGCGACCCCCAGGGCAAUGUGGCUGAGAUGCUGGUCGCCACAGGUUAUGCCUUGCCUUCCAACCAUCAGGACGAAGAGCCCACCACGAAGGGGCAGGCUGAACUUGCUGUGGCAGAGAAGCUACAGUGGACAUGUGCUGAGCUUCCUACUGAGGGCCAGAUGGUGGCACUGGUGGUCAGUGUGAUGGAGAAUCCUGGAGAGUUCUACUGCUACAAAUAUAACCAAGAAGACCUGCAGGUUCUAGCGGAGCUGAGGGCUGAGCUGAAGCGGCACUGUGAGGCAGACAUCACCCCUUUCAGUCCUAGUGUGGGUGAGCCCUGCUGCGCUCUGUUCUCUGGUGAUGGGGCAUGGUACCGUGGUAUGGUGCAGGGUGUGUGGGCUGGCAGUAAAGCCCGGGUGUAUUUUGUGGACUAUGGCAACACCAGUGAUGUAGAACCAGCCCACCUCAGAGCGAUCACACCCGAGCUCCUCAAACACCAUUUCCUGGCUAUCCGCUGCUGGCUAGCAGGUGUUGAGCCUCUGAGCCCCCAGUGGAGUGCUGAGUCUAUAGGCCGCAUCCAGGCCCUGUGUGUGGGCCAGCAGCUCCAUGCACGUGUCCUCUUCAUCACAGAGCGAGGCUACGGACUUGAACUGGACAGCAGUGGUCAAAACGUGGCCACCACACUGCUCUCAGAACAGCUGGCCAAAGCCCCUGGACAGAGCCAGGCCCAUAGAGACACCACCACUAGUGUGGGACCACCCAAACCCGCAGCCGCCAAUGAAAAUGAGCCGCCCACUGAGAAGCAGGUCAAGAAAAACAAUCAGAGCAAGGCUAGUGCUCGGCAGCCGGCAAAAGUGUCCAUCCCAUUUGGGUCCGAUGGAACUGAAUCUGCAGACAAAUUCCCUCUGGACUGGAGGACGGUGGAGCUGCCUCGCAAUGAGACCUUCCAGCCUUGCAUAGCAGCCGUUGUCAGCCCCAGUCUAUUCUACCUUUUCAACCCCAGCCACGUGUAUGUGGAGAGACUGCAGAGUGUGAUGAUGGACUUGGCUGUAUACUGCACCACCAAGGCCUUGCCUAGUCAGUGCAAACCCAUGCCAGGAGCUGCAUGCUGUGCCCAGUUUUCGGGUGAUAAGAAUUGGUACAGAGCCGUGUUCUUGGAGACCACAGAGACUGAGGCCAGUGUGAUCUAUGCAGACUUCGGCAACUCCGAGAAGCUCCCCUUCGCCAGCAUUCUGCCCAUCCCCACAGAGUUCCUGGAGCUCCCUUUCCAGAUUGCCCGCUGUGCCCUCACAGGUAAGGAGCACUUCCCGUCAGUGUGGCCCGUAGAGGUCCUGGAGCUUUUCAGUGCCCUGCUGAGUGAUGGAGUGCUGGCCUCUGUCCAGGACUUCGAUGGCAACUCCAACCUGCUGUCAGUCACCCUGCAAAUAGAGCGAGGCGGGGGCCACCUCAACACUAUGAUCCUAGAGGGGCUGCAGGGCACACACACCGGCAGUGCCAAGACCUCCACCCCCAGACAAGAGCCAUUCCAGACCAAGAUCCCCAUCAUCGCCACAGCUCCAGUCACGCCGGCCACAGCUCCAGUCACGCCGGCCACAGCUCCAGUCACGCCGGCCACAGCUCCAGUCACGCCGGCCACAGCUCCAGUCACGCCGGCCACAGCUCCAGUCACGCCGGCCACAGCUCCAGUAACUGAUGAUGCCUCUCCAUGCUGCUGCCGGGACUUGGUGCAAAAGAUUGACCAACUGGAAGAGCACAUUCUGUUCCUCAUGAAGCAAAUAGGUGGAUGGUCAAAGUGA